UCAAUCUCCCACUAACGAUCACUAUCAAUUCCCUAUUGUUAAACUGAUCGAUGUUACAUCCAUGUUCUUAGGUCGAAGUCAGGUAACUCGCACUGCAAAUCAAGGUGUACGGGACCUUGGCUAUUACCGCCCAACUCGCUCAGCAACUACCAUUGAUAUUCGCACCGUAGAGCGGAGGAAAUGGAUGAGUAGACGUACUUCUAAGGAAUUUAUCCCGGAGGGUGGCGCCACUAGGCAACGUGUCUCGCGGAUCGCUGCUGGGCGUCAGUCUAAGCCGACUCCGGCAAAACAACAGGAACACACUGCGCGUCACCACGUCAGGGUUUCGCAGCGGAAAACCUACCUUGUGGAUGGAAAAUUUGUGUCACUGGGGCCAGACGUGUCUUUGGACCCUAACGAUACAACUAGAACCGACGAGUCUGAGGAAUCGAUUGAGGAACUACCAGAGCGGCUAAAGGCUGCGAGAAAAUUACAGUUCGGCGUCAAAACCAAUCGGCCUGAAGUGGUUGUGAGGUGCACAACACCGCAAGAUGAACAUGAGAACUUAUGCGACGACUCAGAGAAAGAAACCAUGUCUCUGUAUGACACUGGAGACCACAGCACGGUGCACGGUAUAAUGGAUGAUGACGAUGAUGUGAAGGAACCCACCCACUCUACACGACUGAGAUUACCCUUCCUCCAGCGAAAUGUGCGACGAGGAUUCAAUCUCAGAUCCAAGAUGCUUGGUAUUAAUCCAACUGAUGUACCUGUAAACCACACAACUGCAAGACCGGCUGCAGUUGCAGUACCCAUCAUAAAGGAGGAUGUAAAGCCGAAGUUCAUACCUUUGGUGGAAACAAAGCUGACUCCUUGUGUGGUCGAAGACUUUGGGCCAACAGCAAGAUAUCCAUAUUUACCUGAGUCAGGUGACAUGUAUUCAUGUCGUCCCGGUGGGCCACGACUGUAUGAUAUCUUGAAUAGGCUGCCGCUUGAACCUUUUGGGGUACUUUCAUGGGUGAUAGUAGACAGAGAAGAGGAGCUGUUUGAGCUGGAUGAUGUCUUGGAUGAAGAUAAAGUCAUGCUUGCAUUGUGGUACCGGUGGAUAUUCUUGAACCGGAACGUAUUCAUUGCAAGUUAUUUCAAUGGCGCAAGAACAUUCGUGACUGAGAAUUGGAAACUCAUUCGUCAGGCAGCAGGAAUAGCGGCUCUCAGAACAUGGCUACUUGUACUAUGCGUCAACAAUUUCUUGCUUCCUCUGGAGGUUGUCUCUCUCAUGCAACUCUACCAAAGUCUGGUGGAUUCAGAGAAGUGCGUCAGGCUGAAUAGCAGUCUGUACGAGUGGCGCAAUGUACGUAGUUAGAAGGACAACUUCGUAAAGGG